AUCUAAAGCCUUCCUAGGCGCUUCUAGCACCACUACGUCCAUACUACUACCACUAUUCCCUCUGGGCUUUGUUUUCCGACGUCAUUGUAUAAUCCUAUCUACGGCCCGCCGUCCAAUCCACCACCCACGAUGCAUCGGACAUAUUCUAUGCGCCAGACUCGGGCGCCAACCGCCUCUCAGAUUCAAAACCCCCCUCCCCCACCAUCGUCCACCAAGUCUGGCAGACUGUUCGGAAGGGGCGGGUUCGGACAUGCGCUCCGUCGCAAUGCCGCUGGCGCCUUUGGGCCCGACCUGGCCAAGAAACUUACCCAACUUGUGAAGAUGGAAAAGAACGUCAUGCGAAGCUUAGAACUUGUCGCAAAAGAGCGCAUGGAGGUUGCCCAACAAUUAUCCCUCUGGGGUGAAGCCGCCGACGAAGACGUUUCUGACGUCACCGACAAACUCGGUGUCCUUCUCUACGAAAUCGGCGAACUUGAAGACCAAUACGUCGACCGUUACGAUCAAUACCGUGUUACCAUGAAGAGUAUCAGAAAUAUCGAGGCAUCUGUGCAGCCUAGUCGGGAUCGAAAACAAAAGAUCGCCGAUCAGAUCGCUCAACUAAAAUACAAAGAGCCCAAUUCGCCCAAGAUUGUCGUCCUCGAACAGGAACUGGUCCGCGCCGAGGCUGAAUCACUGGUUGCUGAAGCCCAGUUAUCCAACAUCACCCGCGAGAAGCUGAAGUCGGCAUACGCAUACCAGUUCGAUGCUCUGCAAGAGCAUUGCGAGAAAGUUGCCAUUAUCGCCGGAUAUGGAAAACACCUACUCGAAUUAAUUGACGAUACACCCGUAACUCCUGGCGAAACCCGCGCCGCGUAUGACGGCUACGAGGCUAGCAAGGCUAUCAUUCAGGACUGUGAAGAUGCGCUGACUAACUGGGUGUCAUCGAAUGCGUCCGUGAACCCGAAGCUAUCCACAAGAGCCCGUACGCUGUCUACAAGAAGACGAAACAACAUCAAGGCACGUUCUGAAGGUCUGGAUUUAUCCGGUCAAGACGCACCAUUAAACGACCGUGAAUCCUGGGUUGCGGCCGGUGAUCACAGAGGGGAAUAUGAAGAAGAUGAGGAGGAGGAAGAUGAGCAGGCCCAUUCCGUACUAGAUUCCGACGCGGGAUUAAACGGCGAGCAUCGAGGUAGAGCCCCAGAGGUGGUAGCUUAGGCGACUUAAUCGCCUUUUCUGGUGGACAGUAGUAAUCCAAUAUUAAUGUCUAAU